AUGUCUGCCGCCGUCAUCGGCUCAACCGGCCUCGUCGGCUCUCACAUCCUGUCCAACCUCCUAGCCGGCGACAUCUACAAGCCCGUCCACACAAUCACCCGUCGCGCCCCCAAGCCCUCCUCGCCGAACCUCAACUCCAUCGUCGACGCCGACACUACAAAAUGGGCCGCCGCGCUGACCGGCCUCUCGCCCGUCCCGGCCGCCAUUGACCACGACCUCAACAUUGAGCUGGCCAGGGCGGCCAAGGAAGCCGGCGUUGCGACAUUUGUAUUCAUUUCCAGCGCCGGCUCUGACGGUUUCCUGUCCAGCUGGGCUCCCUACAGCAAGAUGAAGAGGGGGGUGGAGAAUGCCGUCAAGGAGCUCGGCUUCGAUCACGCCAUUAUUCUGCGGCCCGGCAUGAUCCUGGGAGAGCGCGAGACCAGCCGUGCCGCCGAAGGUAUUGCGCAGGCGGCCGUGAGGGGCCUGGGCAAGCUCAGCAAGGGCCUCCAGGAUGCCCUGGGACAGGAUGCCGAUGCUAUUGCCAGGGCGGCCGUCAAAGCCGCCCAGCUGGCUUGGGAGAACAAGGCGCCUGACAAGUUUUGGAUCAUCGGGGGACAUGAGAUUUUGAAACUCGCACACGCUGAGAAGGAGGAGCCCAAGGCUGCGGAAUCAUCAAAGUAA